UUUCUCUCUCUCCCUGCCCUUUCUCUCCAGAAUGCACCCAGAGAGGGAGGGGUCUCAUGACAACAAUUUCGCUAAUCACCUGCCUUGUGCUGGGUGCACUCUCAGUGAUGACUCACACACAGACACACAGACACACUCACUCUCUGUCAUCCCAAGACCGAAGCGACGCUGCAACUUUAGGAAAUAUAUUCUGUUGAAUAUACAUACUUGUGCAGUUAAUAUUUUUCCCUCAAGUGUGUAAAAAGAGCACAGAAAAAUGUUUCCUAUAUUUUGGAUCCUCCUCCUUCUCCCUCUGGUCUCCGCCCAGACAUACCAUUGGGGUCCAUGCCCCACCCCCAGUGUCCAGUCCAACUUCAGCUUGCAGCAGUACCUGGGCACGUGGUAUGAGAUAGCAAAACUUCCAGCAUUCUUUGAGAAAGGGAAGUGCAUCCAGGCCGAUUACACUCUGAGGGGAGACGGCACCAUCAGAGUCCUCAACUCCCAGUUCUAUAAAGGUAAGGUGCGGACUGUGGAGGGGACAGCAGUGGUCCAGGACCCCAAAAAUCCAGCCAAACUGGGAGUCAGCUUCUCCUACUUCACUCCCUACAGUCCGUACUGGGUGCUGAGUACUGACUAUGUGAGUGGAGCAGUGGUGUACAGCUGUACUGACGUGUUGAGGAUUUUCCAUGUCGACUACGCCUGGAUCCUGGGACGUUCCCGCUUCUUGCCCGCAGAGAAAGUAGAGUACGCCAGGCAGCUGCUGGCUAAAGAAAACAUUGACACCUUCAAGAUGAGUGUUACCGACCAAACGGGCUGCGACUAGAUGGAGGUUUAGAGGUCAGCGGUUAGGGUUAAAGGGUUAUUUAUGUGUCUACUUCCCUAGUCCUAGCACCGUAGAAACUUCUCCCCUACUCCCAAUGCUCUAUCCACAUGUCAUUUGAGCCCUACCUCUAUAGAUACAGACAGAAAUACGACCAGUUUAUAAUAGUUAAUAUACACUGACAGUUGGUCUUAUAAUCUUACCAUCCAACAUAUCACUACCUACCAUCUCAUUUAGACUACAUGUAUUUUAUAUUUAGAAACGUUAUGGUCUGUAGUUGGAGAUCUGUUAGUUUAUAAGGUAGUUUGAUUGAUUAGAUGUCUAGCUAUGUAACGAUGGUGACGGUUUCUUCAUGUGAUGAACAGAAUGCUGACAGCAUGAGUUAGUUCUCUGAGGGUUGGGCACAGUUCCUAUAGGGGCAAGCACACACACACACACACACACACACACACACACACACACACACACACACACACACACACACACACACACACACACACACACACACACACACACACACACAGUAUCCCCAUCAUAGAAAUAUGUUCAGAGGGAAGGGAACUGGAGGAACAGGUGUAGCUGUAUAGGUGUUGUCUGUAUAUUAGUCAUUAAAGUUUUGUUUUGAAGUCAAA